AUGCUGUCUACAACCUUGCUCAUACUCGUGCUCACCAUCUACGCAGCAUACGUCGUAUCCCGGAUCUGUGUCUGGAUCUCAGUGUCAGUCCUCUCUGCACGCCAACAACCCUUGACUACGCCCAUACCACCGGAGACUCGUCCUCUUGAACAUGACAACUCGAUCCACAUACCCGGAGAACUUGACUUGGACGACCUAGCCAAGCGGCCCGUCCUCCAUGAUUCCGAACACGAUCCUCCUAUUCUACCCCCGUAUACACCCCGCGCUGAAGGUCGCGCAAUCCAAGUUAUUCCUCCACGGUCAGCAGAGUACGGGGACCGCGCCGCCUUUCUAGCGCGCUUCCGUCGCACGAACAGGCCGACUUUUCAGGAAGAGCCGACCUCAGACGCGUUGCACGGCAGCGUGAGCGAAGGCGGCCAGCGAUAUAAGACCGGCCAUGCCCGUCCGCCACCUCGCUCCCGAACGACGCUCCACGAAGAAGCUGUCUGGUCUCCUGUACCUCUUCUCAAGCGCUCCGUGGAGAUCGAGACGGUUGAGCAAAGCCCGCAGCCUGCGAGGAGAGGACAGAAGCUCAAGGCGUUUUUGAGGAAGGGUGCCAAGGUUAUGCGCUCAGGGAGGCGCUCCUCUAAGCGGACUUCGGCAGAUUAA